AUGGAGUUUUUCCGGCAACUUGUCCAUCUAUGGAUUUUGUCCUGGUGCUGCCGGGUGGAAAGCUACUGGCACGAUGGCAGAGAUCCCCAGGCAGCCUUCAGCCUCUUCAACUGGUCGUUCCAUUUUGGCAAGCAUGUCAGAGGACUGAUGACGAACAUGACUGAGUGUCCACCACUGGUCAUCUUUGUUCUGGACGGCUCGGACAGUGUAUCGCCAAACAACUACCGUAUGGCUAAGACUAGUCUGACCAGAGAGAUCCAGUCGCUGACCCAAACAUUUGCCGACACCGACAUGGGAGUGAUUCUCUUCAGUGACGUCAUCCAAGAUCUUCCGCUUGGACAACGCGAAGGGUCACAGGUCAGUGACCUUAUAAGACAAGUACAGAGCCUGAGACAACCGCGAAAGAAAACAUCUUUAGCUGCAGCUCUGAAGCGGGCUAGAGAAAGUCUGCUGGAGAACUCACACUCAGAAUCUCGUGCAUACAACGGUUACAGCAGAGGUCACAUCAUCGUCUUGUUCUCCGAUGGGUUUCCAGACAACUGGAGGGAGACUUUGCAGGAGGCAAAGUUGGCUCUUGAGGAAGACAUCCACAUCAUCAGUCUCUCCCUGGGCGACUCAAAUCAUCUCUUGCUUCGGGACAUCUCGCACCACGUUCAAGAUCACAGACAGGCUAUCAACUGGACGUCUCUGGCUGCUUGUCCAGCCCGAGUUUUGAAUCCAGUUCCAAGGGGAUCACAGUGCAGAGAUUUUCUUCUUGUUGUGGAUGGCUCUGAUAGCGUCCUGCGUCACAAGGAGACCGUCAGACAAUACCUGGCCUACACAGCACUUCGUUACAGGUUCGUUAACAACUCUAUUGGAGUCACCGUGUAUGGAACAGACCCUGAUGUCCAAGCUUCAAACACACGGAUCCGACUGCAGGCAGACAAAAGAAAGCUGGCAGAAGCGAUACGUCUGAAGUUGAGAUUCCCCACGUCUGGGGGUACAGGAACUGACAAAGCCAUCACGCAGUCUCUGACCAUGCUCCGUGAAGAUGCUAGCGACAGGCAGGCAGCGUUGAUUGUCAUCACCGACGGACCCAGCCUGGACCCACAGGCUACCAGAGAUGCCGUUCAGCGGGCCAGAAGCAGUGGCCACGAAGUUGUUAUAAUCCGUGUUGGCAAUGCUAUGCCUGACGAAGAAUUGAACUUCAUCAUUGGAGGUGAG